CUGUAAAUCUAGUGUUAAAAGGGAAGAUCACAGUUGGUAAUCAUUUGAUAUCAACACACGGUAUAAUAUAAAUUUUUCAAUAAUUAAAAACAAAAGAAACAAAAAAAAAACAAAUGCAUGUCUUUUAUAGCAUAUUUUAGAUAUUAUAUAUAUCAUGGUGAUCGAUUUACAAGACCACGGUUAUAUUUGUAAUUAGUCGACGUAUAACGAGGAUGUCAGUUACGUUAAAUUUUGAUUGUGAAAAUAUAGACGCGAUUGUUUCUUGGCUUGUUUUAAUUAAAUUCAAAUCAUAAUUGUGAAAAAUAUAAUUAAUAGUUUAAUCGCGUAUGCAAGAGGAAAACAUGGAGCCGGUAAACGAAAAUAAACUUGAUGAGAUUUACGCGUGGUUAGAUCAGAUUACGUUUUCAAGACCGAAAAAAAAUAUAUCCAGAGAUUUUUCGGAUGGAGUAUUUAUGGCUGAAUUAUUGAAACGAUAUUAUCCAAAGUAUGUUGACCUGCAUAAUUAUGUACCCGGCAACAGUGUAGCAAAGAAAAUUGAUAAUUGGAACAUAUUAAAUAGAAAGAUUCUUUCUAAAAUUGAUAUGAAACUUGGUAAGGAUGUAAUCAAUCAAUUGGCUAAUUCACAAUCGGGCAUUAUAGAGAAAGUUUUGAUAGAUGUGCGUGCCAAAAUUUUAAAAGAUUGUAACACCGAUCAAGAUUCUUUAUAUUUUGAUUACGAAGAAAAUGGAAGAGUUGGUAAAUAAAAACUAUAUGUUAAUCAUAUAAUGGAAUUGACUUAGAUCAUAUCCUAAUAAAUGUCCAAUAUUUAAUUACU